CAAAUAAUAUUGUGAUAUUUAAAAUUGUAAUUUACAUCGAUAAUAACAUUCCACACUUUAUGUACGUGUGUUUCUUGACUGACAUUUUUGAACGCGUUUGAUUUUAAUUCAUUGUAUACGUUUCACAACCUAGACUUAUUUAAAAGCUUCAUUAAAAACAGUAAGGACCUUUUCAAUCUAAAAAAAUGACGGAGCUAUUACCUCUUGAAGAAUCUGAACAAGAUCGAAUGAAGUCAAUUCUCAGCGGUUUCCAAAUAAAUUAUAUGAAUCUACGAGAUGUGGACACAGGUAAAGUAAUCUGGCAGCACAAUGAAGACAUGUCAAAUCCUGAUGUUGAGCAUGAGGCACGAGUACCCAAACGCAUCCUCAAGUCCAGAGUAGUCUCUCGUGAGAUGAACUUCAGCUCUGUUGAAUCUAUGGACAAAUUCCGACUAGAACAGAAAGUACUAUUCAAAGGUAGAUGUCUAGAGGAAUGGUUCUUCGAGUUUGGAUAUGUUAUUCCUAAUUCCACCAACACCUGGCAAUCUAUCAUAGAAUCGGCUCCAGAGUCUCAGAUGAUGCCAGCUAAUGUACUUAACGGGAAUGUCGUGAUUGAAACUAAGUUCUUCGAUGGAGAUAUUCUCAUAACAACGUCUCGUGUGCGCCUGUUUUAUGUUUAAACAAUUUUUAUUUAUUGAUAAGCAUUUAUUUUAUGUAGAUGUAUGUUUUCAAUAUAUGCAUUUAUCAUGCACAAUUUGAAUAGUAUUAAUUUCUAUACUAAUGUCAUGAUUUUUACAAGUCUAGUCAAAUAUUUUAAAUGCAUAAUGCGCACUUCAUGUUUAAGAUAGAUAAUAUUUAGAUAGCAUUUUCCUUACAUGUUAAAUACUAUUUCAAACAAAUUUUAAAAUAUAAUUUUAUUGUAUGACUGUUGCACCGGCUUAACUUAAUAUGUAUGCUAUAAUAACGGUGCUUAAGUGUUUCUAUCGAGCGCAGACAUUUGGUGAGCUGGUCGUUUCUGGACGACUCUGAACAUGGUCUCAUCCGUUGAGCAGAUGCUUCUUCAUUCAUUUGUACAACGCUGACUGAGUCACUCACCCUUCAAAUCGGAACAGAACAGUACUGAGUAUUGCUGUUAAGUGUCAGUUGCAGAUGCAGAAAGCACAUUUUGUGUUCGAACAUAAAGGAGAUUUAAGAUCUGAGAGUGUGUGAGAGCGAUCGACGCGAUUGGUAGAAAUACGGAACCAUUCCUCAGGCAUUCCUGUCACAAAACAGAUACAGUCAGCGUCAAAGACGUCUAAAGUGAUCUUAUAUUUAAAUUUACGGAAAUUUCUACUGUCGAAAAUGUGUGAAAUGUACUUAAAAUCUAUUACGAUAAGGUUUGUUUUCAUGGUGUGUUCUAUAUCUUCGGAAACUUACAUAGAAUAGGAUAGAAACCACUGGUUGUUAAAAUUAUAAUGACGAUUUCAGUGAACAUAUUUUUAACGAUGUUCUUGCUCCAAUAUAUUUAGGCAAAAUGAGGGUUUUAAAUAUUUAGACGACUUUGGUUGUUUGAAUAGUAUUGAUCACUUUGAAUGUUUCUAUGUUUUUGGUAAUCUUAACUGUUACUUUGUAUAUGACGCUGACUGUACAAAUAGUUUCACUUCAUAGUCCACCAUAACUAUCAAAUAAUUUAUGAUUCAAACUGAGCUUAGACUUACAUUAGAAAUAAGUUAACAUUUAAAGAAGGUCGUUCACACUGUAUAAACAGUUGUAAAAGACUAUGUAAUGUCAAACCAGUUUCAAUAAAACAUUUUCUUUAUG